ACUCGGAGCUCCGACCCGAAAUCUUUCCUCCUCUCCCAGAAUUUCUUCGGUUCUUCUUCUUCAGCGCCCUUUCGUCCCGAGAAACUAGCUAGAAACCAUCCUUUUCCUAUGAUGAAGCGUCAAACAGUACUUCCAUUUGCUUGCGUCUCGAUAGUAUUCCUCCUCCAUCUCGCCCCCGUCACCGGCCAAGCUCCUGCGACGGCUCCGACAGUGUCCCCUAGCCCGACCAACAUCACCGCGAUCCUCGAGAAGGCAGGUCAGUUCACCAUCUUCAUUAGGCUGCUCAAGAGCACUCUGGUGGGCGACCAACUCAGCUCUCAGCUGAGCGACAAGAAGUCGAACCAGGGCUUCACUCUAUUCGCGCCGACCGACAAUGCCUUCUCUAGCCUCAAGUCGGGCACGCUGAACAUCCUCUCCGAUCAGCAGAAGAUCCAGCUGGUGCAGUUCCACGUCAUCCCUUCCGUCAUCUCGCUCACGCAGUUCCAGACCGUCAGCAACCCACUACGGACCCAAGCUGGCAGCAGCGACAACGGCCAGUUUCCGCUCAACGUGACCACAUCGGGGAAUCAAGUGAAUGUAACGACCGGGAUUGUGGCCGCAAGAGUCGACAACGCAAUAACUAGUAACAGCAAACUGGCGAUUUAUCAGGUCGAUCAGGUGCUGCUUCCGUUGGCCAUGUUCGGGUCGCCGGCACCAGCUCCACCGCCGGAGAUACCCAAGAAAGAAGCGGCGGCUCCAUCGCAUGAGCCAUCUGGAUCGGACAGCUCCCCCGUCGAUGCCUCCGAUGCAGGAGCCAAUAGUUUUGAUUCAAGGGCAUUGGCUUCGUUUGUUGUCGGUGCUACUUUGGGUGGAGUGCUUCUGUUUUAAGACCAAAUUUUUGUAUGAUACAUGAGGAUGGUCAGUCCUAUGAUUUUUUUUUUUUUUUUUGCUUUUUUUGUUUUUGGCAUCAUGCGUCUCAAUGUCUUUGACAGCGAGCUAUAUCAUUCGUUGAGUUCCUUCCUAAUGAAAAUCAUGCUUUCAAAA